GUUUUACUAUGGGAACUAUGAUGAAAAGAAUCAGAUUCCUUCAUUCGACCUAUACAUUGAUGUUAAUUAUUGGACCACGGUGAACUACUUGGGUCCUGGUUAUGAAGAAAUCAUGUACGUGUCCCCAGCAGAUGAUAUCCAAGUGUGUCUUGUCAAUACUGGCAAUGGGGUGCCCUUCAUUUCGGCAUUGGAACUAAGACAUAUAGAUGAUGAUGGCAUCUAUCGAUUAAGAUCUGGAUUCUUGGAACACGCUGGGCGACUGGACAUCGGAGGUGCCUCGGACUCUUUCAUCAGGUACCCUAAAGAUGUUUAUGAUCGGAUUUGGGAAACUGAAGACUAUGCUGGUUGGAUCUUUCUGGACACCACAUCUAUCAUUAAUUCAUCUGACGAUAAUGAUGCUUAUAAGGUUCCUAGCGAAGUUCUUCGGACCGCUCAAAGUUCAAUCAAUGGCAGUACUCCCUUGCGUUUAGGAUGGACACCUUCAAGCUCUGCAGAGAAAUGGAUUGUGUACUUUUAUUUCGUUGAGAUUGAGAGACUGACAAACGGCCUCCAGAGGGAGUUCACAGUUUCCAUGAAUGAUAAUCAAUUCAUGGAGAUAGUGAGCCUUGAAUACUUAAAGCCAGUGGUUGUAGUCUCCACUCCUGUUAGUGGGUCGCUCAUCACCAUCUCGAUUGAAUCGACAAAUAAGUCUGGAAAUCCACCGAUCCUCAAUGCCGUGGAGUUCUAUACCAUUGGUGAUCUUCCAAAUGUACCCACAGCACAAGAUGAUGUGAAAGCUAUUAAUGACAUCAAAACGACAUAUCACAUUCAGAAAGAAAGCUGGCAAGGUGACCCAUGUAUACCAAGCAUAUACACAUGGGAUGGUCUAAAUUGUAGCAAUGGAAAUCCUCCAAGGAUCAUAUCAUUGAAAUUGAGCUCAAGCAAUUUGGUGGGCGACAUAGUCUCAUCACUGUCACGUCUAUCAACAAUGGAAGACUUAGAUUUGUCCAACAAUAAGCUUACGGGAGCAAUACCAGAAACUCUGGCAGAAUUACCAAAUCUUAGAUUUCUAAAUCUAAGUGGAAACAACCUAAUUGGAUCAGUUCCUGAAGCUCUUAAGAAAAGGGUUCUGGACAAUACUUUAAUCAUGAGUUUGGCAGGAAACACAAAUCUUUGCCUAGCCGAUCCUUGCGUGCAGAAGAAGAAACAAAAUUCCAUCCUCGUUCCAGUUGUUACAUCAGUUUCAGGCUUCUUUUUAGUUCUCUUUGGUGCUUUGGCUAUUGUUUGGUUAAUGAAACGGAAAAGAAAAGCAGAAUCUAGUGAAAUGACAUUGAGAUUAAAGAAUCGACCUUUCAAGUAUGGAGAUGUUUCAAGAAUCACUAGAAACUUUGGACGAGUGAUUGGUGAAGGUGGAUUUGGAAAGGUUUAUCUUGGCACACUAGAUGACGGCACCAUGGUUGCUGUGAAGAUUCUCUCUAAAUCAUCAAAGCAAGGAUACAAGGAAUUUCAAGCCGAGGUACAACUCUUAAUGAUUGUUCGUCACGAAAACUUGGUUUCUCUAUUUGGAUAUUGUGGUGAUUCCAAGCACAUAGCUUUAAUAUAUGAAUACAUGGUCAAUGGAAAUUUAAGGCAACAUUUAUCAGAGGACCAUCCGAAGGUCUUGACGUGGAGUAAGAGACUACAAAUAGUUGUGGAUGUAGCACAAGGUUUGGAUUAUUUGCAUAACGGUUGCAAGCCACCCAUCAUUCAUAAAGACUUGAAGACUACAAACAUCUUGUUGAACGAAGACUUCCGAGCCAAAAUAGCUGAUUUUGGCUUAUCAAGAACUUUUGCCACUGAAAACGACUCUUAUGUGUCAACUUGUCCUACAGGCACUCCUAGCUACCUUGAUCCCGAGUUUCAUUUUUCUGGAAUCUUAAAUAGGAAGAGUGAUAUUUAUGGUUUUGGAAUCAUACUCCUUGAGUUGAUCACGGGCCGACCUGCAAUAAUGAGAAGUCAGGGUGGUAGUGCCAGCAUGCACUUACUUCAGUGGUUGAUUCCUAUUGUUGAAAGUGGUGAUAUAAAGAGGAUUAUGGAUCCCAUGUUACAAGGAAAAUUCGAUGUCAACUUGGCUUGGAAAGUAGUGGAGAUUGCUAUGUCCUGUACGCGAUCAACAGCAAAUCAAAGGCCAGACAUAAAUGAUGUACUGGUAGAGUUGAAGGAGUCCUUAGGAGCAAAUCAAGUGGUUCCUUUGAAAUGACCUCAUCGAAGCUCCAUUCUUAUAAUGCCCCUGUGGCAAGGUAGUAGAACUUUUCCAAUCUAAAAGGGCUCCCUUUGUUUUAGGAAAGAAAUAAACUUUUGUCUGUAAAUUUAUACUAUCUUUUUUAUUGCGUCAUCCAUUUCCCUUUUUUUAGUAUAAAUAAGUCUUCGAAACUCGCUUUAUAACAAUGAUAUCCUUUCA